AUGGAUGAAUUAAGAUGCGAGAUAUUCAAAGCAAAAGCCGGGAAAUCAACAGGUUUGGAUAAAAUUUCAAAUAAACUAUUAAAAGCAGCCGGGGAGACCAUUAUCGGCUCCUUAAGUCAAAUUUUUAAUCUAUCUAUCGAUACCGGAAUAUUUCCAGACGAUUUGAAACACACUAAGGUAACCCCUCUUUACAAAUCAGGGGACAAGAUGGAUUGCGAUAAUUACAGACCUAUCUCAGUAACAUCAGCAGUAGCAAUUUCUGAAAAGCUGGUCUCUAGGCAACUAAAUAUUUUUUUAGAAUUUCACCAGAUAGUAUCCACAAAUCAAUCUGGAUUUCGCACUCAAUACUCCACAGAGACUGCACUCUUAUAUUCUGUAAAUCAAUGUCUUGUAAAUAUGGACCAGGGCCUUAUUAAUGGUCUACUGUUUCUUGAUAUCAAAAAAGCAUUUGACACUGUGGACCACAACAUACUCAUUUCAAAAUUAGAGCUUUACGGAGUACGAGGAAAAGCAUUACAAUGGUUUAUUUCAUAUCUGAGAGGGAGAGAGCAAGUUUGCAAAAUUAAUCACGAAAUAUCAGAUAGAGCUACAAUUACUUGCGGACUCAGGGUUCAAAUCUAGGACCACUGCUUUUCUUACUUUACAUCAAUGACUUACCAAAUUGCUUAAGGUCUACAAAAGCAUCAAUGUUUGCAGAUGACACUAAUAUAUCCUGUGACGGAAAAUUAGCAACUGACAUUCAACAAAAAAUUAACUCAGACUUGAACAGUGUUCAUAAUUGGCUAUUAGCCAACAAACUAACUUUAAGUGUUGAGAAAACAAAAUAUAUGAUUGUUGGUUCGAGACAAAGGCUUAAUCAAAUAAAUUCAGAUCCUGACAUAUUAAUAGGAGAUCACAUGAUAAAGAGAGUUUCUAACAAAAAAUUCCUAGGAGUGGUUUUUGACGAACAACUUAAUUGGCAUAACCAUAUAGAUAAUCAAUGUGCAAAAAUUUCAAAAAACAUUGCACUUUUGAGAAGAGCAAAAAGUUUUCUGACAGAAAAUGCCCUUAUUACAAUGUACAAUUCACUAGUCCUACCACAUUUCACUUACUGCUCAACAGUUUGGCACAAUGGAAAUAUCACCCACAUUGACAAAUUAAGUAAAUUACAAAAAAGAGCAGCACGUGUUAUCACUAACUCAGGGUAUGACAUAAGAUCAACAGAGAUCUUAAAUAGAUUGAAUUGGGAGCCCAUUGCAAAUAUCCUCGAACAACGUGAACAAACAAUGACAUUUAAGGCAAUUAACAAAAUGACACCAAAAUAUAUUUAACAGAAAUGUUUACUAUGUCCCAGAACGACAAUUAUGCAUUGAGAAGUAACGAACGAAAACUUCACUUAUCAAAACCAAACACUAACUUCCUUAAGAAAAGUUUUUCCUACCGCACAGCAGUGUCAUGGAAUAAACUUCCAAACGAAAUUCUCGAGGAACAUGAGCAUCUUUCAUUGAAUCAGUUCAAAAGGCUUAUUAAAAAUUGCUAAGAUUUUUAAAAAUCUCGAAAUUUUAUCGAAUGUUUAUUUGCAUUGUAAGGUCGUUAUGCAUGUUAUACUUCAAUUUGAAUUAAUGUUAGUGUGUUAUACUUUAGGUUUAGAUUUAUAUCUUUUUAAUAGUUUUAGACCACGGCCCUUUGAAAAACAGGCAACUGAAAGGCUACCGUGGAUAAAUAUGUUUAAAUAAUAAUAAUAAUAAUAACCCACAAUUUGCGUCCAUAAUUGUCAGUGAUUUGUCCAUAAUUGUCAGUUUUUCGUGCUUGGAGGUCGAAGUUUGAGCAUGACAUUGUGAGCAGGGGCGUCGCGAAGGAGGAUGAGACACCCCCUGAAAACCGCCGUUGUCGGCAAAUGAGUCUUUUGUAGGCAACACUGUGAGACCGCUAUUAUAUUGUUUCAAAUUGUAGACGUUGGGAAAAAAUGUUAAGUGUUUUUUAUGUUAGUCUGGAAAAAAUUUUAACCUUUGAUUAUGAUAUUCGUGAAAAAAUUUAAGCUUUGACGACGAGCCCUCCCCCCGCGCCGCCAACAUUUUCGGGAAAAUAAAUUAGUGGUUGAAUGUUAUUGGCCCUGAUUGUGAGUAUCGACUUAAUUUGAAAGUACGUGACGUUCAUUCAAUUUGCUGUAUACCGAGUAUUAAUGUCGCAACCUAUCACCAUUAAACUUAUAUACAAAUCAAUGCUCACAAAUACUCUUACCGCUCGUUGCAAAUCACGCAGGCGCAUAUUUAAAAAGCCCCAGCAACUUAACGCUCGAGAGAGUGUCUUGUUCAUUCUGAGGUUGGGCCGUCUGUGCUCAGAUAAGCUAUUUCCCGCAUUUUGAGGAGUUUUACAACAAGAAUUUAACCUUAUAAACAGUGACACAAUUACUGCAAUUUCACAGUCUCCCAAAUGUAAUCCAGUCCCAAUAAGGCAACAUGGUGUGAUGUUAGUGAUGAUACGGUAAUUAAGAUGUGUGUGGUAUAGUAUUAUCAUUCACCACACUUCAAAUUCUACAGUACUGCAUUACAUGUAUUGGGGUACUUGAAAUUGACGCAUUCGUCUUUUCAGUGUCACUGAAGAGCAAGAUCGGGUGGUCUCUCUGGAGUAUCUUUGCUUGGAAAAACUAAACUACAAUUUCGUCCUAAAAUGCCACUUCAUGCCUUGUUCCAUGAGCAAAUUAUUUCAGUCUGUAAUCAGUCAUGGUUUAGGUUUCUGGCGGUGUUUAAAUUUCAGUCCCCAAAUUCUGGCGUACCGAGUCAACUGACUCGGUUGACUCAUAGCCAGUUACAGGCGUGCAGAUGAUGGUCAAAUUCAGAAAUGUUAACAACAACAUCAUGAUUUUUUUUCUGUGUUGAUGUGAUGUACUCGCUCAGGUGAAUAUGAUGCUUGUGAUGUUACUCUGAGUGUAUAUCCAGAGGCGCCGGAAUAUAGAUAAUUUGGGGGGGGGGGCAGAUAUUCAUAUAUUCGUGUUCACAGACUGUAAAAACAAUCGAUUUCAAAAGAAAUUAAUUGGGCAGAACACGAAUAUAUGAAAAUCCGCCCCCCCCCCCCAAUUAUCGAUAUUCCGGCGCCUCUGUGUAUAUCAUUCACAUUAAUCAUUUAAAUAUAUUAUUUUAUUACAAACCGAUUUCAUUGUAUUUGGCGACGAGGAUUAUUUUCAAGAAAUAUGGCAACGAAACUUACGCAUUUAGCACCACCGCCUGCUUUUGAUGCCGAAAGUGAUAAGUCGUCCUUAGCUCAACGAUGGAAAGACUGGCGUGAAAGAUAUGACAUGUACUUGCUUGCAUAAGAUUUUCAACACGUUAACCGAUACUGGCACAGAUUAUAAAACAGCUGUGGAGAAACUCGAUAGUUAUUUUCAACCGCAGAAAAAUGUAAUUUACGAAAGAUAUGUAUUCAAACAGACCCGACCUAGCCCUGACGAAUCGGUUGAUCAUUUCAUUACACGUCUUCGACAGCUAGCGGAUACAUGUGAGUUUGCGAGUGUAGAAGCUGAAAUUCGAGAUCAUUUUGUAAUCACUUGGCCGUCAAAGGUAUUUCGUGCAAAAUUACUUCGUGAGCCGACACUCACUCUCGAAAAACUACAAGAACUAGCCCGGGCACAGGAAACCGAUAAUCGUCAUGCCAGUGUCAUGGCCGACGACGAAGAUACCAAACUUAAUCGACUUACAACCAAUCGUUUUCGAAGUGGCGACCAGAACUAGUCAUUUCAAGAAGAAAGCAAAACAGCGAAUAUAUCCGGAAAAUAUACUGGUAACUGUUUUAACUGUGGUAGCAACUAUUUUCCAGGUCACAAACAAGUUUGCCCAGCACAAGGAAAAUCAUGUCGUUCGUGUGGAAAGCUCAACCAUUUUGCCAAAGUUUGUCGCAGUUCCCCAAUGCGAAAGCCAGAAUUUCGUGCACAAAACAGGGAAAACUCUAUUAAAGCAAUCAUAACAACGCCAAGAGAAACCGGAACCGGAAGUUCGGCGAAUGACGACAGCGACGAAUACACCUUCACCUUGACCCAAGGUCAAUCCAAGUUCAGCCCAACGACGGUAACCAAAACAAACAAGGGUGUUUUCGUGACGGCGAAAAUAAACGAAACGGAUAUAAGAUUAGUUCUUGACUCUGGUGCAACAACAAAUAUUUUAGAUUCUGCAAGUUUUGAACGUAUUCGAAAGAACAAUGCGAAACUCCAACUGGAACCUACGUCAAUCAAAAUAUACCCAUACAAUUCUACAGUUCCUCUACCCACUACCGGCAAGUUUGAAGUUCAAUUUUGUAAUGGUACAAAAACUACAUCUGCAACAUUUCAUGUUGUUGAAGGAAAUUCUGGGUCAUUGUUGGGAUAUGAGACAGCAACAGAACUGGGACCUUUGCAUGUUAAUGUCAACCGAACAACAACCAUGCCUAUUUCUACAUCAAGCAACACGUCUGAUCUGGUCGCAAAGUUUCAGCACCUAUUUACUGGCAUUGGUAAACUGAAAGAUUAUAAACAAAAACUACAUCUUGACCCUAGUUUACAACCAGUUGCCCAAAAACCUCGGCUAGUACCAUUUCACUUACGUAAGCAAGUAUCUGCCCGAAUUGAAGAAUUGGAAGCACUCGAUAUCAUAGAACGUGCAUCAGGUCCAACAUCGUGGGUAUCGCCUGUGGUCGCAGCACCUAAACCCCACAACCCAUCUGAAGUUAGAGUAUGUGGUGAUUAUCGACAACCCAACCGAGCCAUAAUUCGAGAACGGCACCCUAUUCCCACCGUGGAAGAGCUCAUGGAGGACAUGACUGGUGCUUGUGUCUUUUCAAAAUUAGAUCUUCGCGCUGGCUACCAUCAAAUUGAAUUGGAAGAAGAAUCGAGAUCUGUUACCACCUUUUGCACACAUGAAGGCUUAUAUCGAUAUAAGCGACUACCCUUCGGCAUCUCCUCUGCGUCUGAAGUUUUUCAGAAUGUCUUGCAACAGUCACUUCAAGGUCUUCAUGGCGUUCGUAACAUAGCGGAUGACCUCAUAGUUUGGGGAAAAUCCCAGGAAGAACAUGAUCGCAAUCUUGAAGCUUUGUUCCAGCGCCUAGAUGCCAAGGGCCUCACAUUGAAUGGUGAUAAAUGUGAAUACAACCAACCAAGUUUAUGGUUUUAUGGUUACAGUUUGUCCAAAGAUGGUCUAUCUGCUGAUCCCAAGAAAGUUGAGGCCAUAGUCAAAACGACAACUACACAGAAUGUUGCUCAGCUCCGAAGUUUCCUUGGUCUAGCUAACUACUGCGCUCGUUUUAUCAAGGAUUUUGCCACUCUUUCAGCACCUCUGAACGAACUGACCAAGAAGUCAACAAAAUGGCAAUGGACUGUCAUCCACCAACAAGCUUUUGAGAAAAUUACGACUGCAAUUGCAGAGGAUUGCAGCAUGGCUUUCUAUGAUCCUGCCAAAGAAACAACCCUGACUGUUGAUGGGGUUGUGAACGCUUCCAUUUGUAUCUUGUAG